AUGGAGUCAGGCCUCUCACAGGCCUUCCAGGAAGAACUCAACUGCUUCAUCUGCAUGAGCUACCUUACAGACCCAGUCACCAUAAGCUGUGGCCACAGCUUCUGUCGAGCCUGCCUCCACCUUUCCUGGGAAGACAGCCUGCUCCCUGUCCAAUGCCCUACGUGUAGGGAACCAUGCCAGAAGAAGGACUUCAGAACCAGCAUUGUUCUGAAGAAUCUGGUGUCCAUUGCCAGACAAGCCAGCCUCAUGAAGUACCUGAGUGCUGAGGAGAAUAAGUGUGUGACCCACAAGGAGACCAAGGGGAUCUUCUGUAUGGAGAACAGGAUCUACCUCUGUCAGCUCUGCUCCGACUCCCAUGAGCACAGAGGUCACAGACACUGUCCCAUAGAAGCAGCUGCUGAGGGUCAAAUGGAGAGAGUUCUGAAGCAAAUGGAAUCAAUAUGGAAUAAGAUCCAUCAAAAUGAAGAGAAUCUAGAGGCAGAGAAAAGAAUGAUAAUUCUGUGGAAGGAAUGCUUGAUUCUAAGAGAACUAAAGAUAAGGGCAGAGUACAGGACAUAUUAUCCAGACCUCUCUGAGCAGGAAGAAGAGGAUAUUGAGUGUAUGAAAGAAGAAGGCAAUUAUUAUUUACAGAAACUCAUGGAAAGUGAAGCCAUGAUAGUUCAAAAGGGCAAACAACUAAGAGAUAUGUAUCAGGAGCUGAUGUCAAUGUCCCAGGAGCCAUAUGUGCCCUCGGUGGACUGGAUGAAAGCUUCGACUAGUUUGAAGGAGAGUGUCUUCAUUGAUGAAAUGACCACAGUGCAUAUUUUCUUUGAAAAUCUAACCAUACUCCACUAUAAGAUGAACCUAUUUAAUGCCAUGAGAAGCAUCAGGUUUAGACCUCGGCAACAGGAUACACCUGUGAAUCCUGCUGGAAUGUAUCUGGCCUCCUGGGGAUGCCAGAACUUCAUCUCAGGGAAAUAUUACCGGGAACUGGAUUUGGAGGACUCUUGGAACUGA